GCGUGUUGCGCGAGAAGCACAGUCUGACGUCAGUCUUCACCAGUCGGGGUUUUUUGACCAAGUUAUUGGUUCUUCAGUCCCUGGCCAUUCCUUGCCGCCGUCGGCUGUGCUGUGGCACUCUACGCUUUCUUACUAAACCUUUUCCUCCGCCUGUGAUAUUAAAGUCUGUGAUCGCGAUGGCACUCCAGGAGAAGUUCCAAUCCAUGAUUCUCCAGGAGAAAUGCCAGACCUUGGCACUUAAGGGGAGCUGCCUGCCUGUGGCCUCCCACGAAAAGUACCUGCCUUUGGCAAUAACUGGGUCAACGUCUCCACCCAUUGAGGUACCCGACAAAGAUCUUCUAGAAAAGUUCAAACAAACUUUCACGAAGUUGCCUAUCAAACCUAUUAUAAAAGAACGACAUGAGAUGACCCGUCAAGAAUCAAGUCUAAGCUCGGCGAGUUACGAUGACGACGACUCGACCACUGCCAACGAUGCGGACGAAUCGUCGUCUGAGGGCGGCCGAGAAUCGUCGUCAGAGGGCAGUCGAGGAACCGGUCUACGCGCGCACCGCUCAGCCAGCAUCGGUUCUGAUGGCAGCGAAGAGGGAGGACGAGAUUCUGGAAUCGAAGCUGAAAAGGAACCUGACAUGGUCAUUCCGGAUCAAGAUUUAAUUGACCGAAUUGUGACCCAAGUUGAGAUUUACUUUAGCGAUGCAUGUGUCUUGAAAGAUAAGUUCCUGCUCAAGCAUAUCAGGAGGAAUAAGGAAGGCUACGUGUCACUCAAGUUGGUGUCGUCAUUCAAGAAGAUCAAGCAACUGACGAAAGAUUGGCGCGUUGUGGCUUAUGCCCUGAACAAAAGCUCAACGGCCAUUCAAAUCAACGAUUUAGGCACAAAGAUCCGUCGGAUUAUACCCCUGCCAGAAAUUGAUGACACUCCAGUCACGUGCACGGUGCUGGCUUUGAACCUCCCUCUGGAGAAGCCAAGUAUCGAUACUGUAUCCCAAUUGUUUGCCAAGUGCGGUGACAUGGAUCUCAUCAGAGUGCUGAGGGCGGGCGCUCCUCUCGCUGCCGAGCUCAAAACUCUCUCUUCCAAGCACCCGGCCUUGAACUCGACCAACUGCGCAUGGAUCGAGUUCGAGUCUCCGGAAGCUUCCAAGGAAGCGUGUAAAUUAUCUACCGAAGAGGGCAUGAAAGUCAUUCCUAUCGUGCCUGAAAGUCUCAAGAAGCCCGAAAAACAAACCCUACAGAAAAGCAACCCCAACAGCCGUAAGAAUAGCGCCAACAACCCAUCCUACCCUCAGCAGAAGGGUCUCAACUCCCGCAAAAACAGCUUCAAGAACCUCAAGAAUAACGGCUACGUCGAACAGGAGAACCAGCACAAGCGACCUUUCCUGCAGCAGCGGCGUAAGGCAGUUUCGCUUAUCAAUAACCAGAGGCCUAACCUCGGGGAACUUAGCGUCAUCGUGGAGGGCCGGCGACGCCCCAAGAGUAAGUCUUGCGUCGAGUUUUCAGGUCAGGGCUCCGUGCCUGCAGCGGCCGCCGCGUCGUGGAUGCAGAGGCACCUCUUCGCAGCGGCCGUCGCCUCGGCAGCGUCUGCUGCAGGAGUCCCCGGCAAGGCGCCCCUCGUCCAAAGGCCCUCCAGGGUCUCUUUGGGAUCGCUCACGGUCCCAGACGGCGUGGCUCGCUUCCCCAAGGGACCCGACGGCACCAAGGGCUUUGGAAGUCGCCGUGUUUCUCAGGCCAAUGAUGCCUGAAGUGUUAAGUUCCAUCAAUUAUUGUAUUAUUGUAACAUUCCAUCAGACAUAUAUUGCGACUGCAAUAUUUAUCAGGGAAAUAACUCGCAAAUUUUACUCGAUCUUUGGCUCUCAAAUUUAUUUAUAGUUGAUGACCCGUGGGAAAUAUCUUCCCCGUUUCAUCUCGAGUCACUUCGAUCGACGAUGAGGCGACUUCGACGUAACCGAUCGAGUAAAUUUUGCAUUUAUUUUCUGUCAGCUACUAUCAGCUAAUUAUUCGAACUAAUUUACUAGUAUUUACUGUUUGUCAAACAUAUGUCAUUUAUUUCAGGCUGAACGUUUCUUACGAAUUGCUUGUUUGUUUUCGGAAAUAUCUAUAGGCUUCUUGCGCUGCGUAGGCUACGAAGGAAUGCGUUAAGAGUACAAUGUAUUUAGAAGCUGGCAUGUCGUGCGACACGUCAUCCAUAGCAACCUACCUGCCUGCACUCACUUAGAAUGCUUCAAGCUUCCCUCAUCUCCACUUACAUGUUCAAACAUUUUUUCAUGGAUCAUACUCAUGCAAGGUUGAAAUGAUAAUGAAUCACUCUCAUACAAGGUUGACAACUUCAUGGUUCUCACUCAUCCAUGUAUGAAAUAUUUAUUAAUCACUCUCAUUUUGAGUUCCCUCACUUUUCCAUUUCGGUUUUCAAUGUUUCAGGUCACCAAGUAUGAACGAAUUUGUGAAUUUUUCACUCUGAUAUUGACAUGGUGAUUUUCUGUCCUGUAAAAAUGUCUCCAUGACCCCAUAAAAUUGUUUCAUGCAUUUCAUUAUACGUUCCAUCUGAUGAUACGUUCAUAUCAAUCGCCUGAAUUUUCACCAAUCUUAUUCAUAAUUUCAAUAAUAACUCCAAGCGAGCCUUGGAGGCCUGUUCCAUUUAAAUGAAUUUAGGACGGUUUUCAAAACUUUAGGUGUUAAACAUAUGGUAAAUCAAUUUGUAAAAAAGCGCACCACAUUCAUGUUUUUCCGAGUCCACAAAAUAUUAUAAGCAAUGUCUUCAGAUCAUACAUAAACUAUUUCAACUCUUGUCAAAAUCGACCUUAUAUUACAUCAUUUGAGCGGGCUUGAUUGUGCCAAUGCGAGUUGAUUCACCAUCACUAAUGCUAUUAUCAUUAUAAUAAAGAUCUCAUCAUCACUCUCAUCAUCACGUCAUCACUACGUUCAUCAAGUAGAAUUAAAGCGAUAUUUAUAGUUCGUUCAACACGACUGCUUUCACGCAAAUAUUUUGCAUAGUACACCAUAUUUUAUUCGCAGCCACUCACUGUAACAGCUCACCAUCUUGCUGAAGUUUUGCGUAAACGAGAGUGGCGCGAAGAAAUUAUCUUUAUCUUAUAGUUCUGAUUUAUUUACGCUACACUCUAAUUUAUUCUUUAUUUAUGAUUUACUCUCUAUUUUUAUUUCGUGCAUGUGUCACCAAGGUGCUUCGUAGAUUUUGUUCUAUAACUCCCAACUGAAGGUUAAAGACCCAUAACUAAGGACUAUAGACCCUCAACUAAGGGCUUUAGAUCCGUAACUAUAUAAGGGCUUUAGACCCUGAACUAUGAACUAUAGACUCUCAACUGAGGGUUAUAAACUCUCAUCUGACGGUCUAUAACCUUAAUUGGCAGUUAUAGAUUAAAGCUCUAUACCAUCUUAAACCCAAUGAAUCAUAUUUUUUCGUAAUUAAUAAUUAUACGUCAUUUAGGAAAACUUUUCUCUGCAUAUUUGGCUUGAUACUGAGUUUUUUUGUGUGAAUUAUGCAACUUUUAUGACCGUUUCAUUUUUAAUGAAUCUCAAAUCUUUCUAAAUUAAACAAAUAUUAUUUUGUUUAGAAUUCAUUUAGAAUUAGAAUUUAGAAUUCAGUUUUUGACCGCAGAAAUCAGUUAUUCUUUUUACAUAGAAACUUAAUCUUUGGUAUCUCACUGCCUAUUUGUUGUCAAUAAAUACCAAUUAUCGCUCUAAAUUAAUUAGGAUCGACGUUGGCUUCGUCUCUGUAGAAAUAAAUGCCCUUGUUCCAUGUUCUUUUUUUUUUCAUCUAAAAUAUAAUUCCUCUCUUAGUUUGAAUAUUUAUCUCGUCUCUCUCUUUUCAUUCCAUCUUUAAUGCUUGUAAAAAUUUAUUAUUUAUUUUGGAGGCUCUUCUCUUCAGACAGAUUCUCUACGCAUUCUCCCAUUAUCACGAUUCUUGUAGCCCUCUUUGUACUUUUGUACCGGAUCCUAGAAUAUAAUUUUCUAAUGUUUUAAUCAUAAGAUUCGAAACGAAGAAAACGAUAUUCUAUAUUCUAAUCUGUCCUAAAUAUUGUAUAUAUUUAUAUGCUCCUUAUUUAUUUUUCUACUUAUAGUACGACAUUAAAAAAUACCACGGA